GUUGAUUAAGUCAACGAUCCUAGAGAGAGAGGCACGCGGACUUCAUUCCAACUUCAGUUGAUACUUCAAAGUAAAAUAAGCAAGAUCAACCAAAAUAUGAGCUGCCCAGUGAGGUCAAAAGAUGCUGCACAAGAUGGAGAACAGCUUGGAGAGGAAGCGGGUAUGCUUUAUGCUGAGUACUUGAUGUUGGACAAGAUUCUGGGUGCCCAAAGACUACUAAGCCAGCAGAACAAUCAAGCUGUGCACGAUGAACAUUUAUUUAUUGUCACGCAUCAAGCUUACGAGUUGUGGUUCAAACAAAUUAUUUAUGAGUUGGAUUCGAUUAGAGAUGUUUUCAGUGAGGUACUGGAAGAAUCCCAGACUCUUGAAAUUUUAAAGAGGCUUAACAGAAUCGUUCUCAUUCUAAAGGUUCUGGUAGAUCAAGUGAUGAUCUUGGAAACAAUGACACCUUUAGACUUUAUGGAAUUUAGAAAUUAUCUACGCCCGGCUUCCGGAUUUCAAAGCCUUCAGUUUAGACUUCUGGAGAACAAGCUUGGUGUCCGACAAGAGAACAGAGUGAAAUAUAAUAAGAAUUAUACAAAAGUCUUUGGAAAUAACGAGGAUGCUACCAAGCAAAUCGAAGUGUCAGAAACGGAACCGUCUCUCAUGGAUUUAGUCCAAAGAUGGUUAGAGAGAACACCAGGAUUGGAACUAGAAGGGUUUAAUUUUUGGGGGAAAUACCAGAAAGCAGUUGAAGUUUUGUUAGAAGAGCAAAGAAUUCUAGCCGAUGAAGAAAAGACAGAGUGCAUAAGACAAUACCGACUUACCGACAUUGAGAAGAGAAGGGAGGUCUACGAGUCUAUAUUCAACCCGGAAAUACAUCGAGCUUUAAUAGCAAGAGGCGAACGGAGGUUUUCCCACAAAGCUUUACAGGGUGCCAUCAUGAUUACAUUUUACCGGGAUGAACCACGAUUCAGCCAACCUCAUCAAAUCCUGACCCUUCUGAUGGACAUCGAUUCCCUCAUAACAAAGUGGAGAUACAAUCACGUUCUUAUGGUACAAAGAAUGAUAGGGUCAUCCCAACUGGGCACAGGAGGGUCUUCGGGGUACCAGUAUUUAAGAUCAACCUUAAGUGAUCGGUACAAGGUGUUCGUCGAUCUUUUCAACCUAUCCACAUUCUUAAUACCAAGAUCUUAUAUACCUCCGCUCACCCCUGCCAUGCGAAGCCACCUGUGUCAUUGGGUAAAUGAAAGGCAUAUCCCGUCAAAAACAGCAAAUGUUGAAAAUGGAAAACUAGUGGAAAAUGGGAAAGUGAUGGAAAAUGGAAUAAUUGCUGAAAAUGGUAAACAUGAAUAUGCAGAUUCAUUGUAACAGUAAUUUAUUAUUGUUUACUGAAUAUUGUACAUACGAUAAAUAAAAUUUAUUAUAUUUGUUAAA